AUGGCCGCUCCAUCAAUGACAAUCUCCACCGCCAUACUCCUUUUUCUUCUUCUACCGGCGAUCUCCGCCACCCGUUCAAACCCAAACCCUAACAACACAAACAGCGAUUACAUCCGUACCGAAUGCGCCUCUAAGUAUGAACCUGGCUUAUGCUACGACAGCCUCAUUGCCCACGCCAAUGAGGUUCAAGGAGACCCAGCCAAGCUAACUGUCGUUGCCGUCAGGGUCAGCUUCUCUAGUGCUCGUAAGACUAUGGCUUAUAUUUCGAACCUCUCACGCAAACCCAAUCCCGAUAAGGUUCUAAAGGUCUGCGUGAGCAGCUUCGGUGACGCCAUUUAUCAGAUGCAACGCUCGACCAGGGCAAUGAACCACGAGAACUUCAUCAACGAUGAGUCGAUGAGUCACCGGUUAUUCAACGUGACGACCUGGUUGGGCGCCGCAGUUAACAGUCAGCGAACGUGUGUGGAUGAGUUUGGGUCUGUGAAAUCGGAUGUAUAUGAUCGCGUGGUGUACGUCCAGAAGUUGACGAGCCAGGCCAUUGGCUUCAUCAAUUGGUAUCUUGAAGGAGCGGUCCAGAUGGAUUGA